UAAACCCGUACCUGCGAUCAGCUCUGCUUCUUUACCGGCCUGAUUCCUUCCUUCUCACUGGAGUUCUUAUUGGAUUCCGAUUUAUGCUUUGACAGAAAUUUCUUGUUCCCCAUAACAGAAGACUUCGUCAACGUCAAUGUCUUCUUUCUUCAGAGUCCUCAUCGACGAGUACGCUACUAAAUUGCGAAUCCCUUCCCUGUUUGUCUCCAGAUUUUCUUGUCUUACACCAAAAACAGUAACACUUGUAUGUUCUUCAAAAAGAUCAUGGAAGGUUGAUAUCGAGGAAGGAGAUCACAAAGAAUUGUACUUCAAAAGAGGUUGGAAUACAUUUGUAGAAGAUAAUGCUUUAGAAACUGGGGAGUUUGUAGUUUUCAAAUUCGAUGGGAAUUCAAUAUUUAAAGCUAACAUAUUUGGAAAAUCUUACCUCAGAAGAAAAGCCCCAAUGUCAAUGCCUUCUUUCUUCAAGGUCCUCGUUGACAGCAAGUACACUACUAAAUUGCGAAUCCCUUUGUUGUUUCUCUCCAAAUAUUCUACUCUUGUCCCAAAAAGAGUAACACUGAUCAGGGCUUCUUCAAACAGAUCAUGGAAGGUUGAUAUUGAGGAAGAAGAUGACAAAAGGUUGUAUUAUAAGAAUGGUUGGAGUACAUUUGUAGAAGAUAAUGCUUUGGAAAUUGCACAGUUUCUAGUUUUCAAAUUUGAUGGGGAUUCAACAUUUAAAGUUAAGAUCUAUGGGAACUCUGCCUGUGAGAAGGAGCUUGAGAAUCAGCCAUGUAUAAAUCAAAAUUACUGCAUACAGCAUUAUAAACAAACAACAACUCGACUUCAUCAAGAAACUCAGAGAGAAAUAGAUCCAAUUCAUGUAGAUAGACAAAAGUCAGGGCUGAAUGUUGAGAUCACAGAGGAGAGAGUAGAUCAUGAUGAUUAUCACAAUUCUAACCAGGGAACUGGGGCUCCCCAGAAAGAAGUUGAAGAAGAACAAAGCAAUGGGCAUAUUGCUUUGCAGGGUGAAUCUCAGAGAGAACAAAGCAAUGAGCAUAUUGCUUUACAACAUGAAUCUCAUAGCCCUAUCAGGAAUAGUGGGAACGGAAGCACGUGUGAGGGACCAAUGCUGAAGGAAUCCAGUGAAGCCCCCAAAUUGAGCCCUAAGAAAAUUCCUUCAUUCAAAAUUCUUCUGCAGCAAGCCUAUGCAGAAAAGGGUGUCAUGUGCUUUCCCACAGAGUUCUUCAAGAAGCAUAUGAAAAACAAGAGACAAGAGGUGGAGAUCGAGACAAUAGAUGGAGUAUGGAAAGUGACAUUACUCCCUCACAUGAAAAGGACAAGGACAUUUGCCAGAUUCAGUAAAGGGUGGUCAGAAUUUGCCAAAGCAAAUCAUUUUAAAACUGGUGAGACUCUCAUUUUUAAAAUGGUUCGGAGAGGUGAAUGUCCCAAAUUUAUUGUUGAUAGACAAUGAUGUAAGAGUAUAAAGUGUUAGUGGUGUACCAGGCUGUAAAUUUCAGGAAAUGUAUUUAAAACAUUAUCUCGAUAGGUCAUGUAAGUGGUAGAAUUAAUUAAGAGGGACAUGCUAAGGAUCUUUCACUUGCCAUUUUAUCAACCUCGAUAGAAUGGAUUUGUAAUAAUAAAGCAUCUUUUUAUGUA